AUGACAGCAGAGAAACACACAGAGCGUGCACACAGUAUGACAGCAGAGAAACACACAGAGCGUGCACACAGUAUGACAGCAGAGAAACACACAGAGCGUGCGCACAGUAUGACAGCAGAGAAACACACAGAGCGUGCACACAGUAUGACAGGAAAGAAACACACAGAGUGUACACACAGUAUGACAGCAGAGAAACACACAGAGCGUGCACACAGUAUGACAGCAGAGAAACACACAAAGCGUGCACACAGUAUGACAGCAGAGAAACACACAGAGUGUGCACACAGUAUGACAGCAGAGAAACACACAGAGUGUACACACAGUAUGACAGGAGAGAAACACACAGAGUGUACACACAGUAUGACAGCAGAGAAACACAGAGCGUGCACACAAUAUGACAGCAGAGAAACACACAGAGUGUGCACACAGUAUGACAGCAGAGAAACACACAGAGCGUGCGCACAGUAUGACAGCAGAGAAACACACAGAGCGUGCACACAGUAUGACAGCAGAGAAACACACAGAGCGUACACACAGUAUGACAGCAGAGAAACACACAGAGUGUACACACAGUAUGACAGCAGAGAAACACACAGAGCGUACACACAGUAUGACAGCAGAGAAACACACAGAGCGUACACACAGUAUGACAGCAGAGAAACACACAGAGCGUGCACACAGUAUGACAGCAGAGAAACACACAGAGCGUACACACAGUAUGACAGCAGAGAAACACACAGAGCGUGCACACAGUAUGACAGCAGAGAAACACACAGAGCGUGCACACAGUAUGACAGCAGAGAAACACACAGAGCGUACACACAGUAUGACAGCAGAGAAACACACAGAGCGUGCACACAGUAUGACAGCAGAGAAACACACAGAGUGUGCACACAGUAUGACAGCAGAGAAACACACAGAGCGUGCACACAGUAUGACAGCAGAGAAACACACAGAGCGUGCACACAGUAUGACAGCAGAGAAACACACAGAGCGUACACACAGUAUGACAGCAGAGAAACACACAGAGUGUACACACAGUAUGACAGCAGAGAAACACACAGAGCGUGCACACAGUAUGACAGCAGAGCAACACACAGAGCGUACACACAGUAUGACAGCAGAGAAACACACAGAGUGUGCACACAGUAUGACAGCAGAGAAACACACAGAGCGUGCACACAGUAUGACAGCAGAGAAACACACAGAGUGUGCACACAGUAUGACAACACAGACACAGACAGAGUACACAUACAAUAUGACACCACAUACACACCUAAAUCUAAAACCUGCAGGCAGCGUCGAGAAUCGGGCUGGAAGUCUCCUACUCAAGCAAUGCUAUGUCUAG